GGUAAGGUUGCGGCCAUGUUAUCCGUGUCGAAAGUUUGAACGGCUAAAUCACCUCCUGAAAGACGAAGUUUUCCUCAUUGGUGCUAAUAUCAUGAAUAAGGCUUCACGCUACAAAAUGUAAACACGCCUAAGUACCGCCAUUUUUUCUUGGGGGGUUAUAAUUUGGGUAAAAAAUGAAGAAGUUUUUCUCUUCGGGUGGAGGUAACGACAGCAGUUUUGUGGGCAAGACUUUUAUUGUUGGUCGGUGUCCAUGUGUGGUAGAGGAAGUCAUUGCUGAAGGUAAGCUGAAAGUAAACUUUUUCCUGUUUGCCCUUUUUUCAGGUUUGAUUCAUUUUUGGUUGAUUAGAGUUAUGUCCAUCGAUGGCUUAAGUUUGUUUUUAAGUUGGGGUUGAUCGAAGAGGAAUUUUCACGAUGACAGCCAAGCUUAAAGAUGUUGUGCUAAUAGAGCCUCUUAAGUUAAAGACAAUUUUGUUUGACAGUAAAAGCUGAAUUAAUUAGUUAGACUAUGGCGAAUUCUGUAAAGUGUGAAUUGUAACAGAUUGCGUAUUAACACAAUAAGACUUAGGCUGGUCUUGUAAAGAAAUCUCCGUCCCACAUAACGCCAAAAGAAAACAUUCGUUUACGUCAUUCUGCUGCACAUAAUUAUCUCGGAAGUUAUUGAUGAUAUUUUCCCACAUAAACUUGGUGAGCUGUAAUUUUUGCUUGGAGACCGGUAGCCUUCAAGCAGUAUGCCCUUUGUUGUUGGAAAAAUUAAGAUUUUCUUAUCUGUUCAAAACAUAAAACGACAGCCUGUUUUUUUAGCACACUAACUGCUGAGGGGGUCUUUUACUUUUAGUAUGUGCAUGGUGCCACAGGCUUACCUUUCUCUGUUUGUUAUGGACUGGGCUUUAUUCAUGUAGAUAUUUCAGAUACAAGUGUAGCUAUUUGUAUCGGAACAUGUGAAAGCUUUUUAGCUCAUUUAACUGCAGGUAGAACAAAUUAGGAUAAGUACUAAAUACAUUGACUCUCAAAUCAUUUUUCUUACUGAACCCUUCAGGUGGAUUUUCACUGGUGUUCCUGGUCAGAGUUCCUAGCGGAAAGCGACAUGCCUUAAAAAGGAUAUCAGUCAAUAAUAUGCAUGAUUUACAAAUAUGCAAACAAGAAAUUGAUAUAAUGGUUAGUCAUGACGAUUCUUUGUUCUUCUUAAAUGAUUCAUUAAAUUUGUGAUCCACCAUUUUUUGGCUCCCAAGCCUUACAUGUAAAUUACAGAGUCCUUGUAAGUAUAUUCCAAAUCACCUUGACAAGAGAAGAAAAUUUUAUAGCCCUUCAGGCUCUUGAUGCUCUUCUGAAAUAAAUAUGAUUGCAGUAACCCGAGGGAAAAGUUUCACCAUUAGCCAAUCAAUAAUUAUUUAAGUUUAAUGUUACCAAAUGGUACGAGGAACUGAACUGCAACUCACCAUUCCUGACCCUUGCAGCUUCAUACCCUACUUGAGGGAAAUUGAAGCUCUAGACAUGUUGGUUAUGAUAACCUUUUUUAAAACUGUUUUGCGUCCAGCCAACUGGUAUUCUUACUUGUUAUGUGUGAUUGCACUGCUCUGAAAAGGGUCACCACCUUAUUGUGGUGAAGCAGUUUACACGUCUCAGUGACCCCUAGUGCUAUGUAAGUGGAAUUCUUGAACUCCUGGUAGGGCCACCAUACCAGAAAAAGGUCGAAGGAUAGAGACCCCCUGGCCCUCCUGGUUGGGGGUUGAGCAUAGGGCUAACGAUCCUGCCCCAUAAAAACACUAAUUGUUUCGGUGAAACUGGAAGCAUUGAUAAUGAGAGAACACUAACUGGGGAUAUCACUGCUGGGCUGUAGUGCUGCUCAUUGGACAAAGCCAGCGGGAAGCCCAAAGGCCAAUAGGCCCAAAUAGUAGCCCCAAAGCAUCAGAUGAUCAUCAGUUGCUGGAACAUGGGGACCAUGGCAGAGGCAACACAGGCAUGGCAAGUAGCUAAGGAGAUGAAAGAGUUUGGGAUUGAAGCGCCAGGGAUAAGUGAGACCAGAGUGGAGAGAAGGUGGUAUGUGAUGAAUCAGGUAGCCUCCAAUGCAGGCGUUUUCGGGGGAGCUCGUUUCUCAUCCCAACCCCUAAAGACGCCUGCGUGUGAGGCCACGUAGCUGUGGGCUUCUACAUUGGGCCGGGCAGCCUGGCUGGUCGUAGCCUGCAUGACUGGCGCUUUAUGAGCCAAGCGGGGCGAACGCGAUAUUUCGCGCGGAGCGCGACACGAGCGCGAAGUGCGAGACGAGGGGAAAAGAAAAAUAAAGCGCCUGUUCGCAGUCCAUUGUUCUUGCUGUUCCGCCCACCUACGCCCACAAAUAUUAACUACCCGCGGUGAUGUCAAAAGAACCAAUCAAAACACACGAAAAUUGUCACCUUUCUGGCGCGAAGCGUCUGCAUUGCAGUAGACAUGGCUUCGCGAACGCCUACCAAAGUUUACAGGCCUAAAUCAUUUCAUUCUUUAUGUAGGACAGUGUUAAACAGCAAUGAUUUAUUAAGUUGUCACAUCUAACUAAAACACCAAAGUGAAUUUGAUAUCAAAAUGUCAUUCUUUUAUUUACAUAAACUGGAAACACUUACAAUGCGUAAUGUAGUAUUUCUGACAGUGUAAAUCUACAUACAAUUCCAAUUUCAUUACAUCAAUUAUUCACAAAAAACUGUACAAAAGUCAAGAAUAAGUCACGAAAUCACAAAUCACGCCGUCGCUAUCGGUUCAAGGUUACAAAGGUCAAAAUCAGUUAUGGGAAAAACUGCGUGUCACGAAAACAAAAAAAAAACCUUCACUGAAACUUUUGAUCGGAUAAAGUUCGAACAAAAUCCCGAUAAAAUAGCCCCUAAUAUUUCCUAAAGAGUUCUGUGCGAAUGUUCCUGAAUUACUUGCCAAUAAAAUCCACUUGCAAAGUCCUUGAUCCACGAAAACAAAUUCCUCACAAGAAGCCUUUAAGGUGUUCACACAAAGUUUCCACGCACAGUCCUGCUUUGUUCCAUAAAUAGAUUCCAUCCAGCGGGCCUUUGAUGACAAAACUUGAAACAAAAUCCGAAAUAAAAGUUCCUGAUUCGUACUUAACAGAAUCCAGUAAUCUUGUGAAAGUCAAAUCCAAAAGUCAAAUCCCGUGAAUAAAGGCAAUCCGUAAAAAAUCCAUUUCGUGACAAUCGCCGUAAUUGAAUUAGUAGUCCGCACGUAGACAUGUUUUUCAAAAUCCAAAAGUUUCCAGAAAAUCUCAGGGCGGACUUCUUGAAGUUAUUUAUCCAGGUCUUCCUCAGCCACAUUUCUGCACUACCAAACACCAACUUGUAUUCGCCCUUUAGUAUAUUUUUAUCCGUUUCACGGCUAUCGCUAACAGCUACAGCUGAUAUGCCUAUGUCGGCAAGUUCCUGAACCUGCUCUUCUGUUAUAGCAUUCAACGCGCUAACAAUAAUAACGUGACAAUUUUUCCUGCCGUUCACCAACUCGAAGAUUGGCAGAUAUAGUUGGAAAAUUAAGCUUUUACCAAAUCCUGUUGGUAACAAACCCAACGCGUCUUUCUUCUGUAGCAGUGCUGCGAUACAUUUCUUCUCUUCAUCUUUUAAACAAUCGAUAUUGGAAAAACUUUCGAGAGCACUUUCUAUCGCUUCUUCCAAACUCAAGGCCGCAAUUUUUGUUUACUCAUCUUGAACACGCUACGUCAUCAUCACCUGGUACUAUUAAAUUGACCAAUCAGCAUGACCGUCUACCUGAUGGACGGUCGAGCAUUGGUGGAACAGGCAGAACAAUAGACUGCGAACAGGCGCUUUAUUUUUCUCUUUCCCUCAUCUCGCGCUUCGCGCUCGUGUCGUGCUCCGCGCGAAAUAUCGCGUUCGCCCCGCUUGGCUCAUAAAGCGCCAGUCAUGCAGGCUAUGAAUCAGGUGGAACUGGCUGGGUCACGUACUUAGGAGAGAGAGUGUGAAUGACUGCUUUACAGCAUUAGAGUGGACACCAGAAGGACGGAAGGAGAGGGUGAAGACCGAAACUACUUGGAGAAGGACUGCUGAGAAAGAGCGAUUCAAAGGGGGUGGAAGAGCUAUGAAGUAGCCAAGGUGGUUGCACGGGACAAAAACUGUUGGUCAGACAGGGUGGAGGCCUUAGCCGCCUACUAGCGUGAUGAGUCAUGAUGAUGAUGGUGGUGAUGUUUGAUUGCAAAUUGGUUAUAAUUUCGGGGUUUUGAUAUACUCAUGUAACCUCUUUUAUUUUCUUCAUGAAGAUUAAAUAAUUACCUUUUAAACUAUAUUACUUCAACAGAAACUUGUAUCUGGUCACAAGAAUGCUAUUACAUACCUUGGUUGUACAAUUAAUCAGAUCAACCCCGGGAUUUAUGAAGUCCUGAUUCUCAUGGAGUACUGUAGAGGUACAUGACCUGUCACUAUUAUAGUUAGUGUGUUAAAUUGUUUAUUUUGAAUUGUUCAGACACUUUUGGUUUUUUGCUUGUUCUCUUUGCAUGUUGUUAAAUGAAGAAGGCAGUUUGCUUUAUGACUCCUAGAAAAGAAAAAUACCACCCUGCAAUUUUUUUUCCUUAAUUUCCUUCCCACAACCUCAAGUUGUACUGGUCUACCCAACCAUUUCUUGGUAGUAAUGAGUCUUAAGAAUGAGAAUGAGAAUGAGAAUGAAUGAGUCUUGUGGUUUUUCUCGUAACUCUCACUUUCCUAUAUUUUCCACAGAGGGGCAUGUUGUACAGUUGAUGAAUGAACACAUCAGUUCUGGUUUCAGCGAGUCAUUAGUUCUGAAGAUCUUCACGGAUGCCUGUGAGGCUGUUGCUAAGCUUCAUCAUGCAGAUCCUCCAGUGAUUCACAGGGAUCUUAAGGUGCCUUAACCAAUGUUAGCUAGUAAUUUCUUAAUAUUUGGCAGUGAUCAUCAUCAUCACCAUCUUCAUCAUCAUCAUCAUCGUCAUCAUUUUUUCGUUUUAUAUAUCAAAAGUCCAGGUUUAAGAUGGACGUACAGGUGGUGGGGCAACUAAAGGUGUUAGGAUUAAGGCUAUGGUUCAAGUUUCAGUCCCACCUGCCCUAAGUGGCAGCCCUAUAAAUUUUUCAUAGAAUAAGAUUCUGUAAUAUUAACCAAGGGAUAGGAAUGUACAAGAUCUGAAGUGACAAGAGACGUUAAGUGAACUUUUGCUCCUGAAGAUGUAGAUUGUAAAUUUUGCUUUUGACCUUUAGGUUGAGAAUAUAUUACGCAGUGAUCGUGGUGAAUUUGUUCUUUGUGACUAUGGCAGUGCUACCAGAAGAGUAGUGAAUCCUCAGGUAUGAUUUAUAUGUUUUUUGCUGGCCUAGUAUGUCUUCGUCAGAAAUAAAAUCAGAAAACAUCAUUUGCUUAAUGUAAUAAAAAAAUUGUAUUUUUCCUGUCACAGGAAGAAGGUGUUACCAAAGCAGAAGAAGAGAUACAAAAGUGAGUUAUGUUGACCCAUUAACUGUAGUCAAACUAGUACUACAUCUAUACUCAUCUAUGGGUCUAGGUGGAAUUAAUGGUUCACUUUAAAACAGGCAGAAAUUUUAUUCGUAUUCAUUAGGCAUUCAAUAAUUUGUAUUGGUAAUAGCAUCAUUUGUAGUGAUAUUUGGAAUAAGUACCACGAGUGAAAUUCGAAAUUUUUAUACUUAAUUUCAUGAGCUGUUAGGCGAGUGAAAUUUGAGACAAUUUUGAAAUAUCACAAGUGGUAUUUAUGCCAAAUAUCACGUACAAAUCAUGCUAUUAUUUGUUUAUACUACUACCCACAAAAGGUUUGUGAUUUUCACAUGUAGGUAUUUCAAAUUAAGCUGAAAUACCACUGCUCUAAGCAAAUCAGAUUGCAGAAUUUUCUCAUUUAAGUAGUAUAACACUGGAAACAGUUAAUGUUUGUAUAGCCAUAAGUUAUCAUUUUGAAAUUAUUUUGAUAGCUUACCAGGAUUUUUCAAUGUACUUGUUUUCUCUCAUGGCAAAUGGAUCCUAUUUUAGCCAGCUUUGUAUUGGUAGUACUUAAUAGAAACCUGAGGUAAAGAUUAGCCAUAAAGGCUACCACCCAACAGAGUCCCUCAUACUGUAACUAAAGGUGACUUUAAAUCACCAUCUAAAUUCAUUGUUUUGUAAACACUGUACUGUUUGUCUACAGGUACACAACGCUAUCUUAUAGAGCCCCUGAGAUGAUUGAUUUAUACAGUGGUAAAUUAAUUACCACUAAAGCAGAUAUCUGGGUAAGCUGAUCAUUUUGUUUGGGUCACUUGCUGGCCUACAACUUGCAACACAGAGCAGGGCUCGAAAAAGGCUUGAAUUCCAGCUUGUCCUUUGGGCAAGUAGCUCUCUCAUUUUGCUUGCCCAUGGCCACUUAUUGCUUGUCUUAGUAAAUGAUUUUGUUGGAUGAUGACUUGCUUGUGCUCUUGCCUAUUGCAGCGUGCGAAGAAAGUCAUGUCCGAUAGCCUGGGGCUAGUGGAUUUUGCUAUCGGGCUAGCGAUUUUUGUUCUUAACUUGCCCGAUGGGCAAGUGCUGUUUUAUGGGAAAAUUCAAAUUACAGAAGGAUUGUAAUCAAGCCUGCUAAUCAAAAAGGGUUUUGGGGCUAGUUGAAAUGACUUGUGGGCUAGUACAUGCUAGCUACAGCUUGCCCGAAUGGCAGGCUGUAAAACUGACUUUCUUUGCACCCUGCUGUUGCGCAAGUUAGCUUUAAAAGUUACUUGUCCAGCAAGGAAAUCUACUUAUCCCACACUACAAGACAUGACGUUUUGGAGCCCUGUAGAGGUACGAUGGUUGAAAGAAUAGUGCUAAAUAUUUCACCAUUUUGUUUCUUUAGGCUCUUGGUUGUGUAUUGUACAAGCUCUGUUUCUUUACACUUCCAUUUGGUGAAAGUCCACUUGCUAUACAGAGUGGUCAGUUCACCUUCCCGGAAAACUCACGCCAUCCUAAACUUCACAAGCUUAUCAGUAAGUUUUCUGUGUUAUUAUGUUUGUCUUUAUAGUGACCAUUGUCUUUGACAUGAUAUGAACAUGAUAAAAACUGUGGUAUAAUAGCAGAAUCAAGAAUGCCAGUUACUUUGCUGUCCCACAAUAAGGAUGCUCCAGUUAUGUGAACAAAGCUUAUAAAACUCAAGUGCCUUAGAAAUAUUUACUAAAAGAUAAAAAUAUAACUAUUAUGUGUCUCAUCAAUGUAUAGAUCUUGAGUGAAUGAAUAGCAUCAACAAUAAAAUUAAUAUUGGUAGUCUUUACACUAGAGCCUAAAUAAGCUAAGAAAUAUUUCAAGACAAUAAAUUUCAAUUACUUCAAGUAAAAUAAAGCUUCACACAUAAUCAAUUCUUUUUUACUUCAGGUUAACUUAAGGCUAUUUUCUCAUGCAACAUAAUUAAGUUAGACUGACAUGUUAAGCCUUUCUCAAAGCUCAAGAAACCGCAAGUCAGCUAAGUCGGUUUUAAGGAUUGUUUUCAAGUCACUUGAAACUUUCUUGAAUUGUUCCAACUUUCCGACUUUGAUGAGAUGCAAAGUAAAGUUACUUGAGAUGUUACUUGGGCCUUCACACACGAAUUUUUGGUUAAGUAAAGCUUAGCAGCUCUUAAGUCUUACUUAACAGCCUAGUGUAAAGACAACAUCUCCAUGUGUGACCACCUAUCAUAAUCAAUCACCUCCCAUAAGUGACCACACCUACAUGUAUCUGAAAUGCCAAAAUUUUCCUAGUGCAGUGUGCAAAGGAAGUAGUGUCUGAUAGCCCAGGGCUAGUGGAUUUUGUUGUCGGGCUAGUGAAUUCUGUUCUCAACUUGCCCGAUGUGCAAGUGAGGUUUUUCGGGAAAUUAAAAUUACAGAAGAAUUGUAAUUAAUCCUGCUCAUCAAAAAAAUUUGGGGGCAGGUUGGAAUGGCUUUUGGGCUAGUACAAAUGAGCUACUGCUUGCCCUAAUGGCAACCUGUGAAACUGACUUUCUUUGCACCCUGUAGUGAAAUCACUACAGUUGGAACCUCUCGUAAACAAGCACCUCUCAAAAGCAACUGCGACCACUUUUUUCUCUUGUUUUUAUCCUCCCGUGAUUGACCACUUAAGGCCUAGUUUGAUCUCCGCGUUUUUUGUAUGUACUACACUUCUAAGAGAAUGCGAUGUACUUUUAGUGUCUUGUAAUUUGAUUCGUAUAACUUUGAAUCUUUGACGUACAUUACUUAAGAGAGCGUUUACAUCGACUGACACAGACCCGGAGAAAAUCUUUCCCUGGGAGACACCCAGUUAAGAGUAUUCCCUGGAGACAAUCUUCACAUUUUGUGUGGUAGCUUAUCCCUUUAAGUCCCAAUAGUGAUCAACAUCAAUUUUCUCCUAAAGAUAUCCGUACAUUGGCAAGAGAAAAGGUUAUGAGAGUUUAUAAAAUGAUCACCAAAGAGAAAAUACCUUGAUCUUUUAUCAAAUUCUCUCAACUCAUUAUUGAAGGAAAUGUAUAGAGAUCAGUUUGGAGAAUUUGUAUGUGGAUAUUGGGGCUUAAAGGGUUAUGGGAGGCUUGACUGUAUUGUUAUCACAAAAACUUUUUGUUAUGGCCAUUUGUCUGAAAUAACAAGUUAUGUACAAUAUCAAGUUUCCUAUUCCUUUUCAUUCUAGCCUGUCACUGUGUAACUCUUUCACUGCCAGAGUGCAUGAUAGGGUUUUGUAAGGUGACUCUAACUUUUGAGUCUGUGGAUGAAAUCCUGUGAUGUGACCACUCAAAUGAAAGCUCUCUGCCUGUACUUUCACAUGAUGCUAUUUGUUUGCCAAAAUUUUAGAAAACGAAAUUUGCCUUUGGCCACAUUUGGCAGUGAAAGGGUUAAAGACUAAGACUCAACUAACCAACUUGACAUUGUUGAAAAUUAGUGUCAGAUAAGGCAAUAAUUUCAAUGGUAUACGUCACUUUGCUUUAUUUGCAGGUUUCGUUCUCAAUCCAGACCCGGAGAAUAGACCAGAUAUUUUUCAAGUUUCCUAUGCAGCCUUUAAACUCAGAGGUCUUGACUGUCCUGUCCCUAAUGUUAUGGUGUGUUGGCAUUUUUCUCCUUAUUUGGUCAAACAGAAGGGUAUUUAGGUAGAACUAUGUGUAUUUAAGCAAAAUGGAAAGAUUAAUAGAAACUGCCCCCCCCCCCCCUCCCACCCAAAAAAUGUGGGGUAGCGUUAAUCAAAUCGGGCACUCUAUGUUUUUCUUGCAAUUUCUGCUUAUUUGCAAUAACAAUUAAAUGAAGAAGAUUUGCUGUGAUUUUAAGUGAAGACCAUGAAUUGUGGAGACAAUGUGAUCUCACAACAAAAAUAACCUGCUAACCUUACCUUUAGACAUGAUUCAAUAUAAUUAGAGGAUUUGUAUAGGUAAUAGCAUGAUUUGUAGUGAUAUUUGGCAUAAAUAUCAUGAGUGAUAUUUCAAAAUUGUUAUACGAAAUUUCACGAGCCAUUAGGCGAGUGAAAUUUGAGACAAUUUUGAAAUAUCACAAGUGGUAUUUAUGCCAAAUAUGACGUACAAAUCAUGCUAUUAUUUGUUUAUACUACUACCCACAAAAGGUUUGUAAUAUUCACAGGUAGGUAUUUCAAAUUAACCUGAAAUACCACUGCUCUAAGCCAAUCAAAUUGCAGAAAUUUCUGAUGUAGUAGUACUGUGUAACGUUCAAAUGCCUAAAAUGAACCUCUUUGGCAGAUCUGUUGGAAGGCAUUACAACAAGAAAUGUUGAGGUUUUUGUGAUUUUUUAGGUUAACAUUUUUAAGGAAACCGAUUUGGGUAGAAACUUUCGAAACACUAAAGACAGGGUUCGCACCCACCUUGAAAGUCCUUGAAAAUUGCAGUGGGUGCUGGAAAGGUCUUGAAUUCUAAUGCUAACUUUAUAGUUUAAGUAGAACUUCAAAGAGAAAGGAGAAAACACAAAGACCUUCGGGAUAAAAUUACUCAUGUUGUGUAAGAACUAAAAAAGACAUAGACUUACGUUUGAUGGGUCCGUGCGUUCAAGAUCAAAUUAGGAGAAGGGAAAUCCUAGGUUUGAUUAAAUGAUUUUUGAUGUGAUAACCAAUUGUUUUUCUUCAUUAACUGAUUUUUGUCGCUGUUUGUUUACAUCAGAAUGCAAAAAUACCAGACACACUUCCAGAAACGCAAUCUGUUGAGGAACAGCAAAAGGGUGAAAAUGCUGCUCGAACAGCUGCUGCUAAAACAAAGUAAGGAUGAAUGAUACUCGGUGCAUAUGUAUAUUGUUGCGACUAAUCUCAUAAUCAGAGCUUAGCUACAAGACAAUUUGUUAUCGGAGAUGGGGUCUUGCCUGGAGGUAGCAGGGGUGGUCACCAAGCCAUUAUCAAGCAAAGCAAAGUACUAGUAAACUGACUUGGCCACAGUGGGUCUUUGAUUUCUUAUAUCCCUGAUGGGGCUAAAAAUGUCGGAAACGAUGGUUUUGUGUGUUGGUUAUUUGAAGUACCAAAAUUAGUAUUCCAAAUUUGUUCAUUUUUAUAGGCGACAUGAAGGACCAGUCACUACCUCUCUUGCUCCUCGUCAACGCCCAAGGGCAGGCCAAGGUCCUCAGCAACUGGCUACUCCUCAGGCUUCCUCGCGCUUAAGCCACAUUGCUAGUCCUCAGCAGAAUCGCAAACAGUACUCUCAUGUACAAAGAGGUAAUCUUGACGUUGAGAGUGCUCAUGGCUUGAGCCACAUGGCUAGCCCGAGACAGAACAGAAGGAACAUUCCACCACAAGGACCAGAGAACUCCGCAGCUCAUCAGCAAGUCCAUACAAAUAUGGCCCGACAAGACCCCAGAGCUGUUUCUGCUGAUCAAGCGGCUUCAGCGGUACCAGAUCUGAUGGAUGUUGGCCAGCACCCAUCAGCAGCAGUGUACCGUGUGGUAGCACAGCACGGGCAGCAGCCGUAUCCUUACCAGCAGCAGAUGACGAGGGAGCAAUACCUACAGCAGCAGUAUCUUCAACAACAGCAGUUGGCUCAGCAACAGUAUUUGCAGCAGCAACAACAGCAUAUGUUGAUGCGUCAACAACAACAACGAUUGCUCCAGCAGCAACAGCAACAGCUGCUUCAGCAGCAGCAGAUGCUUCAGGAACAACAGCAAGCUCAGCGACAGUUGAAUUACCAGGUGGAAGGUCCACCAGCCCAGCAAUACCAACCUACCCAGCCACAUCACGUCCAACAGCAAUCUAAGUUCAAUCCGCAGAUGUAUCAAGACACUGAUCAGUGCCCACUGAACCCAUUUUACGAAUAUCAACAGUAUCCAACCUCCGGCGACGUACGGUACCACGACUACAAUGCCAAUCAACCGCAAGUAACAUUUCAACAGCCUCAAAAUGCUCAAGAAUUUCCUCAACAAGCAAAACCCGAUAAUAGCAAUAACAGAUUAUUGAGACCCCGCUACAUGUCUCAUAAUCGGUCUAGGUCUGACCCUAACUUUGCGGUUCAUUAUGAUAGAAGCAAUCAAGUUAAAAUGCCAUCUGUUACCCCUCAACCCAACGCAAGCAGCUCAAAUCGUUCCCACUAUCGAAGCCCUAGUGACCCUGCUCUCAACCAAUCAAAAGAACCAGAGGCUGAAGUGCUUCUGGUAAACAUUGAGUCAAGCGAUGAACCCACGCCGCACUGGAAUCCUUUUAGUCCAUAUUAUGAGUCAAACGAGUUGGACUUUACAGCCAACCAGAACGAUGUAACCGAUGAUGACUUCGCGUCACUGCGUGCAAGAAACGAAAAAAUUUCUCAAACCGGAACAAAUUCUAGUUUUCAGCCCAAUGUCGAAAGUCAUCAGCCGAAUGCUGCCUAUCAUCAAGCCAGUGUUGGCUUCCAUCAGACCACUGCUGGAUAUCAACAGCCCAGUGCCGGUAAUAGAACAUCUGAAUUUCUUCAAGGGGCUACUACGGAUAUUUUUGGAUCUGCCACAUUUGAUAGCCAAGUAGCUGAGUUGCAGCAAGGUUUGAGAAGUAGCUUGGAAAAUUUACAAUUAGUAGAUGUUCCUGCCGGGUUUGGAGACAAUAGCAUUUUUCCUCAACAGCAACAAGCAACGGAGAUUGUUCAAGAUGGAAACAAUCCUUUUCUUCAAGGCUAUCGUUCCACUGAAAUUGAGCGACAUUUGAACUUUGCAGGGGAGGUGUCAAGUGAAGACGAAUCAGAGGAAGCUAAUGAACCGGAAUAUUCUGGUUUCCCCCCACCCCCCUCCCCUGGUGUAGCAGAUCCUUUCGGCUCAGCACCAUUCGUCGUCCAGAAAGCUAUGCAGGUCCCGCCAACCACAAGAGAUGCAUUUGGCUCGUCCCCAUUUAAUGCCCCACACCCAUCACAAUCAAAAGGGGUUGAUUAUCAGUUGAAUAAUGUACAGCUGUCUGAGCAACAAACUGAUACCUCCGGUCAUGCGAGCUCUUUCACUUCUACGCAAGGUUCUGGUGUCGGAAUGGCCCCAGUACCGUUUCAUGUUGAAGGAGACGUUAGUAACUCUUGUCCGUUUGUCGGGAAUGUUACUGAGCAUGAAGAUCCAUCAGGCUUAGUUAAUCCCGCUGUUGAUUUUGUAGACAACAUAGACGAUCCAUUUGGCGGAGUAUCUUUUAACGCUAAUCCAGCCUUUAAGCGAAGAAACGCCAAGAGACAAGGAGGAGCCUUAAGGAAGGGGCCUCCGGAAGCUGCCCCAGUUGGUGAUCAGGGUCCUCGUUCUCGACCCCGGCGACUUUUGCCCCAAACACCGGACAAAACCCCUGGUGUAACUCAUGGUGGUCAGCGGGUUGCUAGUGGACAGACUAGGACCCAGAACAUUAGAGUUAUUUCAGUCAUACCAUCCGCAAGUUCAGUGCGGGCGCCUGGGAAAUAUGAGCCAAAGUCAACCGGAAAUAGACAAACAAAUGCGGCCACGUGA